AUGGCUGCGUUGGUUCAAACGAUCCCGCAACAGACUGGCACGAUUCCUGUGCUUCAGACGCGCCCUUCCUCCUCCUCGGGCACCUUUGCCUCCCCUUCACACCAUCCCACCCGGUUUCAGAAUAUGUCGUGGAGCUCGCUCAAUGCUGGCAAUUCGGGCAGCUAUCGACCAGGUCACCCGGCUGUGGCCCCAUACGCUUUUGCUCCAAACCCGAGCCACCCUCCCAAUGCCCAACAACAGCGACAGUCUUGGACCCCCCAUCUUCGCCCCGAGCACCGCACUUACUCUGCCCCUACCGUUCACGGCUCGACUUCAAUGGCCCAACCUGCCAACGCCCGAGUCGCCAAUCCUGCAGCUGGUUCUGUAUCAACUUCUUCCAACUCUUCUUUCAACUCCUAUGUCUCCAAGGACGAUAGCGCCAUUCCCUCCCGCCAACCGAGACCAGAUCAACCUCCCCGUCCAUUGUCUACUGCCAACCUCCCUACCCCCGUUAUGACCACAUCCUCUCCCAUCAGUUCCGCCAAGCCCUCCCCAAACCGGUACCGCCGCUCAAAUCAACGCUCCCAAUCUCCCGCGCCGACACCGGCGGCAUCCACAUCGGCUCCAGCAGCGGAUGACCAGAACAACGCAGCCCCGGCUCCUCGGCCGGUCCAGCGAUCGAACGGACACAACCGCUAUGCGAGCGUGGAUGAUUCGUCUCAUGCGGAACGGCCACAGUUAGAACCGGCAAAGCGGUACCGCCGGAGAAGUAUGGGGAACAUGGAUCCAGGCUCAUAUCCCAACCUUCAAUUGCAAUUACCGAUACCGCCUUCACCACAUUCCGGUCCUUACGACUUUAUUGCUUUUGAUACGAAUCAACCACGGCCACAGUCGGCCCAUUCGCAGAAAGGCAGCUCGCACUCUGCGAAGUCUUCUAUUUCAUCGACACGAGAAGCGGCUACACCUGAUUCCAAUCCCACUGCCAAGCCGGAAGAGAAGCGAGUGAGCAAGCCCUCCCCGCUAUCCCAACAAGCUUCAACGCCGAAAGCUCCGACCACCCAGCCUACUUCCAAGGCCCCGACCGCUUCAUCACCGCCAGCAGAUUCACCGGCGGCGAAGCGCCUCGCAGAGCUGAAGAAUGACCCCAAGCGUCCUGGAAAGUCACGCCUGAGACGUGCUUUCUCCUUCGGUAGCGCAUCCGAGCUUCUCAAGGCGACUUCACAGACCAAGCGCGAAGCAAUCGCUGCCGAACAGGCGCGCCGAGAGGCCUUGCGAGAGGAACUGGGUGAAGAACAAGCGGCAAUUGCUGAGCAGCAAGAAGCCAUGGGAUUAGGUGAAAGCAUCUAUUCUCACCAGGGUGGUUUCUUUUCUGGGUCGACAGAUGCGCUUUCCAUUUCGUCGACUGCUUCAUCGGCUUCCAUGAUGCUUCGGAAAAUGGGCAAAGGUAUGAAGAAGUCCACUCGGUCGUUAGUGGGUUUGUUCCGCCCCAAGUCCGUUGCCAGUAUCCGUUCGGUCGAGGGGUCUUCCGAGCCGAUGGCCCUCCCCCAGAUCUCCGUGGUCAAUGUGGAGGCGGAGCGUGAGAUUGUGGUCAAUGCCGACCCCAUGGAAAUGCCCAAGGGCGGCACCGUCUUUCCCAAGGUGGAGGCUCCUGGUUCGGAAGGUCGGAGGUCCGCUUCCAUUCGGGAAAGGGAAAGAGUUGUCUCGGAUUCCUCCCAAUCGCGUAAAAGCAUCGUGGGAGGUGACCGAGAACGUGCUGAGGUUUUGGCGGCCGUUCGGAAGGGCAUUCUAAAGAAGACCCAUUCCGACUAUGGCGUCUCCUCACCCGCCAAUGCAUUGAGCGGUAGUGACUCCCCGCAUUCCAGUGCCCCGCCCACCCCAGAUGAGUCUUCUCGACCCAGCCCUCGUCCGACGGAGCAAGUAACCAUCGCCGGUGAGGACUAUUUCCUCUCCGGUGGGGGUCGGUACACAAGUACUGACGCGAAGAGCGCUCCCAUAACUCCUCAGUCGGUUGGCGGCCGAAACAUCGUUUUCAGCCCUCGUAUUCAGUUCCACGAGACCUGGCCUAGUGGCGAGUACGAUCGUCGUGGAGAGAUCGCGACUUGCAACCGUCUGACUCCUCUUCUGGCGCAACAAAUUCGGGAGGAAAUCAAUAACUUCAAAAUGGAGAUGGAGGUUCACGAAAACUCCAAGAUCUACACGCACUUCAUUUGA